UCUGCCCAAAACACUCGUUCAGAUACAGAUUAUGUUUUGUUUUUGAAUUUCCAAUUUCCAUUUACAAUUCGGACAAUUAUGGCAGAUGAAGAGGAAUCCAAAGAGUACCGCUGGGAAACUGGUUACGAGAAAACAUGGGAGGCAAUUCAAGAAGACGACGAUGGCCUGGUGGAGGGAUCUAUCGCCGAGAUUAUUCAAAAGGCCAAACGGAAGCGACAAGCAAUGAAAAAAGGAUACAGCAAAUUGGGAAUGAUGCGGCAUUUGUAUAUCAUAUUGGAUUGUUCGGAAGCGAUGACCAUUCCGGAUCUCAAACCGACAAGAUUUAUAUGCUCACUUAAACUCCUGGAAAUUUUCAUUGAAGAAUUUUUCGAUCAAAACCCAAUUUCGCAGCUUGGUGUAAUAACAUUGAAAGCUAAACGAGCAGAGAAAAUUUCGGAACUAGCGGGAAGUUGUCGAAAGCACAUAAAAGCUGUUAAUAAUUUGAGCAAAAUAAGUUUAAUCGGUGAGCCAUCGCUGCAAAAUGGUUUGGAAUUGGCAUUGAAAACGUUAAAAAUGGUUCCGUCACACGCUAGUCGAGAGGUGCUAGUUGUAAUGGGUAGUCUGACAACUUGUGAUCCAACAGACAUUCAUAUUACCAUUGAUGCUUUGAAAUCUGAAGGAAUCCGUUGCUCAGUUGUUAGUCUUUCUGCAGAAAUACGUGUGUGUAAAUAUCUGUGCACCGAAACUGGAGGAAUAUAUGCUGCCGUUUUGGACGAUUCACAUUUCAAGGAUCAACUUCUGCAACACGUCGACCCGCCGCAAGCUGGAAAUCAACAAGAAUGCUCAAUGAUCAAGAUGGGAUUCCCGCACGGAAAAAUGGAAGAAAGCAAGGACCCACUAUUAACUAUGUGUAUGUGUCACAUUGAUAGUACAGAUGAGCCAGCAAAAUUGACCUCCGGUGGUUAUCAUUGUCCACAGUGUUACAGCAAAUAUUGCGAACUUCCAGUUGAAUGUGCCUCUUGUGGGUUGACUCUUGCUUCAGCACCGCACCUAGCACGAUCCUACCAUCAUCUAUUUCCAGUGCCAGCUUUUAAUGAAUUGUUAUACGGCCAACAAACAUCCAGCAUGUGUUAUGGCUGUCAAAAACUGUUCAAUGAAACUGCAGAUAAAACUGUUUAUCAAUGUCGAUCAUGUGCACAGAUGUUUUGCAUCGAUUGCGACAUAUUUAUUCAUGAAACUAUGCAUUCUUGUGUAGGAUGUACGACUAUACCGGCUUCUGUGCAAGCUCUGCAUGCGCGGAAACCAGUAGCACCGCCACAUAGUUUGUCAAUAAUAUAAACCUUCAAGUCCAAGAAAUAAAAAAAAAUAACAAAGAA